AUGCCUAAGCAUCACGUCAUUUUCGGCCGGCCUUUGCCGCGGCUCUCGUCCCGUCGCAUAUCUGUUCUCCUGGCCAGUCUCUCCAUCUUCGCCGUCUUCAGCCUGCUCUUUACGGCGCCCUCAUCCAUCCCAGGGCCGACGCUCUCCAUAUCCGACCACAAGUUUUCCAUGUCAAUACCUAAGUGGAAGUCGCCCUCAUGGAACCCUUUCAAGUCGCCACCCCAUCCCCCGCAGCGGCAAGCAAACGACACCGACGGCCAGUCCUCAUGGUUCUCCGAUUGGAGAUGGCUCGCGAUCCCCUUCAGUUCGAGUUACACGCUGGACGAGACUAGGGCUUUGCUGCCCUACAUGCCGACGAGGCCCGAGGUGUACUGUUACUAUGAUGCUACAGCCAAGAAGGACCCCACACUCAAGCAGGCCGAGAAUGAGAUUCUGCUGUCAUGGAGGCGGGCGUGGUGGGCGCAGGGUUUCAAGCCCAUCAUUCUGAGCGAUGUAGAAGCUACGAGCAACCCCCUAUACGAUGAGCUGACGCGGAUCAAGGAUGUCGAGCCGGCCUUGAAGGCCGACUUGAUGAGGUGGUUGGCCUGGGAGAACAUGGGAGGUGGCCUAUUCACACACCAUCGUCUGUUCCCCAUGGCGGCCCACGACGACCCGCUGCUGUCUUAUCUGCGCCGUGGCGAAUACCAGGGCUUGACGCGUUGGGAGGGUCUCGAGGACGGGCUGUUUGCAGGAUCCAAGCAGGAAAUCACGGCCGCUAUCAAGGCUGUCUUUGGCAGCUCCAAGGCGAAGACUGCCAAGGACUUCCUGUCUGCACUGCCUGCCGAGCAGGAGGAUGACGAGAAGAAGCUGUUCUGGGUGGACGAAGCCCCAAAGUCGUUGGCCUACUACAGCGACAAGACUCUAUCUGAGAAGUACGACAAGGUUGCCAAGGCCAUCGCCAACAACGGUGCAAAGGGCCUGGACAGCCUGAACCAGCUCAUCACCUCCCACCUGCAUCUCACCUGGCAGAACAAUUUCAAGAAGGGCAUCGCAGUGCUGAAGCCACUUCCACAUCACACAACGACCAUGGUCCAGCCGGCAGUCGAGCUGGCCAAUCGGCUGCAGAAAUGUACCGAGUCGCCCUUACAAACUUCCUGCCCACCUAACAACCCGAAGUGUGCUCCUUGCGUCUCAUCCUCGCCCCUCAAGAUAGCAAGUCCCAGCAGGUACCGCAACACAACCGGCAUAUACACCAUCGGCACCGUUCCCCACCCAUACACCCUGCACACUUUGAACGAGCUCAAGGACGACCUCGACGUCCCCUGGAUUCGCCGCGACUGUCCACGCGAUGUCUGGCUCGCCGAGGUGACCAAGGAGUACCUUGGCUCCGGCGUCGGCGGUGCCCCACGUGUGCUGCGCUUCAAGGAGGCCGUGGCGGCAGAGUUCACAGCCUCAAAAUCCAUCUGGCUCACCGCCGAGCAGGAGCUGCCGGACGACAUCGACUGGCAUUUCGGCUUUGACGUCCCGACGGAGGGCCUCGACCAGGGGAAAUCGGAGACGCCUGUACCCGGCCCGGAGCGAAGGCCGCAGCCGGCGCACGACCCCACCGACGGGCCCGUCGCCAAGCCGGACGAACUGAAGAGGGAGCCGCAGCUACUCAAGAGGGCUAAGGACGUCGUCGGCGCGACCAAGGACAAGAAGAACCUGGCGCUGAGGACCGCCAUCGAGGCCUGGAACUUGGCGGACACGGAGGCGUGGAAGUUUGCAAGGGCUUUCCUUGCCAGGGAGGGGAUGGAGAGGCGCAAGUUCUCGGAAGAGGAGAGCAAAUACGCCCACGGCAUUGGCACUGAGGUGGAGGCGAGGGACGGCGCGGGCUGGGGCAGGUGGCUCGAUAAGGGGCACUCGUGA